ACGUCCUUGACCUCUCAAAGGAAAUCCGCUCUGUACAGUGGCACUGGAUACUUAGCAAGUCACAAGAAAACGAGUAAGGGUCGAAAGUAAAAUACAACCAAUUAUCCAUUAUGAACGGCGUCAAAACUCUUGUUCUCCUAUUGGCCUUGGUUCUAGAUGCAAUGCUUGAAGUGCAUGCCGGGAACACCGCUUAUUCCAAAGACAUCAACCAGUGCCUGUUCAGUCAUUGGCCAUCCGGCACAAACGCUGUUCUGAAGAGCACAGUCUCCUGCGCAGGCGAACAGUUGUGUUAUUCGGUCAGCGGAUCUGAUCCUGCUUCGUUUGCCGUGUGUUAUAACACAGCGACUCGGAUACCUGAGUUCGCAGCUAGCGUUGUGAAAGCUAAUAUUGCGAGUGGAGGAGGAAGGUCUAAUAAUUGGCAUAACGAAGAUGGCGCUAAUGCCCCAGCUACACAAUCAACAGUCCAGGACUACCUCUGCACAUCACAAAGCGGUCUAUAUCCAAACUUCGACAUUCAAAAGCAGCAAAUAUGCUCGCGAGGCCAUCUUGUUGCAAAUGCCGACUUCUCUGCCGCUGACGAGAAAGAACUCACCUUUAUAAACACGAACAUAGCCCCUCAAUGGCAACCUUUCAAUGSUGGAAACUGGGCAGCUGUUGAAGAUGCAGUCAGACGUUAUGCUACUAGUGUGAGCAGAGACGUGUACGUCUUCACUGGAACAGGCCCUCAAUGGCAACCUUUCAAUGCUGGAAACUGGGCAGCUGUUGAAGAUGCAGUCAGACGUUAUGCUACUAGUGUGAGCAGAGACGUGUACGUCUUCACUGGAACAGGUGGUCAGGCUAAGAGAAGUGAUAACAACCAAGACAUCAAACUUUCAGGAGGGUCAAUCGUCGCUCCCAAGUACUACUGGAAAGCCGUCUGUGAUCCUGUAGCCAGAGCCUCCGUGGUGUUUGUUGGUGAGAACAGCUUUGGUGAAAUCAGCGAAGACAAGGUUCAAGGUUGUUCUGGCAAAAUGCAAAARAAGAAGAGGGGAAUUGUGUAUUGUUAUAGCUUACAGGKAGCUGAAUCUACUUUCACGGCUGAAGGUUUCAAACUCCCUCCAUUCGGAGACAACUGCAACCCUUCUACCAAAGGAACCUUUAUUGACACCUUUCUCAAUGGUUUGAUGGAAAGUCUUAGUGGGUAAAUAAACAUAAACAA